AUGCCUGGUUAUUUUCUGUACACGAAACAACAGAAGAAUGAACUGAGUGUAGUACGCAAAAAUAACAGUUAGCGUAAACGUGGUCUGAUAAAUGGAGCAAAAAGACGUGUAUUACAACAAAGCAGAAUAUAUAGAAACUGCAUCAGGAAAUAAAGUUAGCCGUCAGUCAGUUCUGUGUGGGAGUCAAAAUAUUGUUUUAAAUGGAAAGACAAUCAUUCAAUCAGAUUGUAUUCUACGUGGAGAUCUUGCAAAUGUCAGAAUCGGAAGACAAUGUGUGAUCAGUAAAAGAAGUGUUAUAAGGCCGCCAUUUAAGAAAUUUAGCAAAGGAGUUGCAUUCUUUCCCCUCCAUAUUGGAGAUCAUGUUAUUAUUGAAGAAGAUUGUGUCAUCAAUGCUGCACAAGUUGGUUCUUAUGUCCACAUAGGAAAAAACUGUGUAAUUGGUCGCCGAAGUGUACUAAAAGAUUGUUGUGCUAUAGCUGAUAACACAGUCCUCCCCCCUGAAACUGUUGUUCCACCCUUUACUCUAUAUUCAGGCUCCCCAGGUGUUUUUACAGCAGAAUUACCUGAAUGUAUGCAGGAAAUUAUGACAGAGAAAACAAAAGACUAUUACCAACACUUUUUGCCCAUUUCAGAAGAGAAAUGACCAUUAGAUGACAACAUAGCCUAUCUAUUCAAACAAUUAGGCAAGAUUUUGUGGUUGUAAAGAUACAAAACGAAGGUGGAGGGUUGCGGGCUUUGUGAGCAGUGAAUGACCAUAGUCUUGUAGAUCAGGGGUUUCCUCUGUUCAUUAGUUUUUGUGAUAAUUAAAUUAUGGAAUGUAAAUCAUUAGCCACAAUAGCUGUAAGUCCUGUGAGGAAUGGUAAUGGUUUCAUAGAUGUAGGGGGGUUCUUUGAAAGUUGUGUUACUGGUAUUCUUAACACCCAAUUACAGAAAGUUUUAGUGACAAUUGAGUGAUUAAGGAAAAUAAAUUUCAAAGUGUAA